UUUUACUAUAAUACAACAUACAUAACAUUAAUGUAAUCAGAGUAUUUUGUAUAGAGCAGCUAAUUUUGUGUAUUUUUGCUACAAUUCAUAAAGGUAGAACCCCUUAAAAUGUUUGACCUUGGAAAGUGCCUUCAAAAUGGAGGAGAGAUAUAAACGAAGCUGAGGUCUAGGUGACAACAGGUCAUCAUGCCCAAAGAGAAGAAGAAAGAAAAGAAGAAGAAGCACAGGGACAAGGCUGUGGUGGAGGUCCGCAAACAUGUGACAACUUUCUAUGAACAAGCCCCUCCAGGACUUAUCAAAGAAAAUGAGGAAAAGCCUGAGGACUGCAUCCCAGACUUACCCCAGAACCAGAGUGCCCGAGACUUCUUGGCCCACGCUCCCACCAAGGGACUUUGGAUGCCACUGGGGAAAGAGGUGAAGGUCAUGAAGUGCUGGAGAUGUAAGAACUAUGGACACAGGACGGGAGAUCGUGAAUGUCCCCUCUUCAUCAGUGGGAACACCCAGAUCGAACAGUUCAGAGUCUUACAUGAGGACCCCAUGUAUGGCUACAUCAAGGAAACAAAAGAAAAGGAAAAAGAAGACAGGAUACAGCAGCUGAAGGCUCUCCUAGACUCAUCAUCCUCAGAUUCAGAUAGCUCCGAAGAUUCAUCAAAACACAGGAGGAAGAAGAAAAAACACAAGAAGAAGCACAAGAAACAUUCAAAGAAAUCUAGAGUUGACACAAGUGAUGAGUCAAGCAGUGAUAGUGAAUCUCCAGGGAAAAAGAAAAAGAAGAAACGUAAGCACAGCACAAGUACAAAGGACUACUCAAGUGAAGAGGAUCGCAGAAAGAGAAGGAAAAGCCAGAAGGAAGACAGCAGACACGAGAGAAGGUAUUCUAGGAAGGAUUCAUCAGACAGUAGGGAUAGGGUAGAGAUGGAAGCAGAAGGUAGGCAUCAUGAACAUAGUAAACACAAGAGGAGAGACUAAUAACUUUACGUAAAAGGCAGGUACAGGGACAAUAGAUGACUCCUUUGCUACUUUGGUAAGAAGUUUGAAAAGCAUUCAUUAAGCCUCUACACCAACUGGGCACGUUUACAUUUAACAAAGUUUUACCAAGCAUAGCUGGUGGGCUGGCUACUAGAGACUUGUUUCCAUCGGUUGACAAUUGUUGAAGAGGCUUCAAGAUUUUGGGCACAUUCUUUCUACCUGAGAAAUCUAGUAAAUGACAAUUGCCAUAUCUCUAUUGAUGGUAAGGUAUAAGAUACUGUUAUUAUAGAGCAUUUCUUGCAUACAGAAUAGCUCUGUUAUUAUACACAGUAUACUUAUUUCAAAAAAAUGAAAUUGC